CUUUGAUUACACAAAGGUUUUUUGACCACCCACCAACACCAGAACAUUGGAUCUUGGCCUGUUCGCACCGGGCGUCGACUGACUUCGGGCGCGAUUCGACAUUGGAAGGUUUGCGCAGAUCAUCCAAUUGGCCUUAGCCGUUUCCUUAGUUUUGUUCAACAACGGUCCCUUCUUCCUUCCCGUCACCGGAGCUCAGCGCGUGCCACUGCGACGACGGAGCCAAAACCUCCAGCGACAAAAAUCGAGAGACGCGUUUUUGGAAGAACAGACAACUGUGCCCCAACCUCCACCACCAACCGCCUCACUUUAGUUGUUUUGCGCCCAGGCCAGGGUCGAGUGCUUCCUUGCUCCUUCCCAGCCAACGACCAACGAUCGACGACGAAUAAUUGUCCGACCGCAUUGGGCCAUUGUUCGACCAUCGACACCAUCGAUCACCGAGCCUAAACCACUUUGUCUUGUCUGUCGAGUCGGCACUCAGCACACGACUUGAUUCUUGGUGUACCAUAGUUAUCCGGGGUCCCCCUACCCAAACUCCAAGCUAGUACCAGCACGCGACCAGACAGACAGCCCGGAAACUGUCUCCCUCCCUUACCAUCCCCGAGCCGGCGUUUCGGAACAAACAGAAACAACACCACACCCAUAGCAUGUUGACUGGAUAUUUUACAAGACAACAGUAUCGCUAGAUCGACAUCCCACAGCAAUGUCGUCAACCACCACCACUGCCGCGGGCACCAAGAGGGCUCCUCUCUCCGACAACCCCAAUGCCGCCAACUCGCCGCUGCGUGGGUCCUCGGCUACCGCCUUGGCACUACAGGGCUCUAAAAAGGCCGCCGUCCGCUCCCAUGCCGAUCAGCUUAGAGAGGAGCCAUACGGUCAACCACCGCCGGCCAAGAGACAGAUGAUUGAACAUGGCGGUCAACGCGCCGCCGCCUCGCCGACGAGCUCCCGGUCCAAUGUGUCCAAUAUCACGCGCAAGGCCUCGACCAUAUCCCGGCCCAUUGAUCGGGAACGGCCUGAAAGGGCUUCUUCUAGAUCAGGCACCACCGUGGCUACCAGCACCACCACCCGUGCCGAGAGGUUGUAUGCCGCCUCCACCACCACCACCACCACCUCCACCACCACGACGACCGACCGCAUCACCGCAAAGGAACUUGAAGACCUUAGUAUAUGGCAAACCUCUAUGAGAUCUCGCUUUCACAAGAUGGUCUUCUACUUUGAGAGCAUUCCCGACGAGCAACGUCACAAGCUCGCCAAACAAGUCGCUCAAUUGGGCGCUCGCGAGGAAAAGUUCUUUUCCAUCGAAAUCACCCAUGUCGUCACCACCCGUCCUAUCCCCCCUGUAAAGCCAGUCCAGGACGAGAACCAGCCCGUUACCAACACGCAAUCGACAAGUGAACAGCCAAAGACAAUCGAUCCCUCUCUCCUGAACCGCAAUGGCGACUCGGUCCGACGCAAACUCAUUUUCGACAAGCCCUCACUCCGGAAAUCCUCUGUGCAGCCCCAGGAAGAGACGAUGCCGAAGCCGAAAGCACGCAGCACCGACAUCCUGCACCGUGCGCGGGACAUGGGCAAGAAGAUCUGGUCGCUUGACAAACUCCAGAGGAUUCUCGGCAUGGUCCUUGAAACGGACUUGUACAAGGCGGCAUUGUUGGGCCGAGGCCACACACCAGCAGCCGCGGAUAGGGCCAAGGCUCGCCAGCAGACUGCGAAUGUACUCCAAAUGCUCCAGAAUGAGCGUGUUCACGGCCCCUCCGAUCGCGAUCCCACCGUUGUUACCAAGGACAUCCACUACUUCAAGGGCCCCUACAUUUAUGUGUACGACAUUGAGGAGAAGACGAGGCCGAUCAUGGUGAGGGAGUACCACAGAGUUGCCGACAAGAAGGACGGCGAAUGGCCUCAGUUCCGUGUGGCAUCCCAGGGCCGUUGCCCAUUUGUUGAGGAUUAUGAUCCCCCUGAAAGGACGAGGCGGGAAAAGACUCAGACCAAGGAGAAAGUUGUCAAAGCUGCAGAUGCCGCCGCCGCUACCGAGAAGGCUACCAAGACCCUCCAGCCCCCCGAGGUACCAUCACCCAAGCCGGUUACGGGAAAGCGUACUCUUAAGGAGAUGGAAGCACCCAACGACCGUGCAACCGAAGUUGUUGAUGAUGCCCCCGAAACCGUCGAGUCAGCCAAGGAGCCCACCCCUUCGGUCGAUUUCCGUUCGCAGAAUGCCUUUAUGAGCCAUACCACCAAAGUUGGCCGUUUGGUAGCCGGAGAGCCCGUCGCUUCUGGCAUCCAGGCCAACAAGCUCACAUCCGCCAUUCGCUCUCAGAUGGUGUCGUCCACCACCGGUGUCCUUGGCGCCAAGGCCGGUAUCAGCAAGGAAGUUUUGGGUCUUCAGCGCAAGGUUCUUCAGAAAGCUGGUGGUCCUUCUCUUUCGCAAGACUCUGGUGUUCGUCGCUUGGCCGAGAUUGGUGUGGAUGCCGCCCAGUGCACUCGUGCCGCCAGCUUGGGUAAUCCGGCCAAACCCCCGAUGCCUGGUAUCUGGGAGGACGAUGAAGCUCGGAAGCAGGAGCAGGCCAAGAAGGAGAGAAAAUUGCGCAGGACCGCGAGCACACCCGUCCCCCAGACAAAGCCGAAGCCGCGCGAUCCCAAGCCGGGUUACUGCGAAAACUGUCAAGAUAAGUUCGAGGACUUUGAUGCGCAUAUUGUUUCCCGCAAGCAUCGCCGCUUCGCCGAGAACGACGACAACUGGGCCCAGCUCGACGCUCUCCUUGGCAAGCUCUCGCGCGCUCCCCGCGAGCCGCGUUAUCGGUCCGUGGGUGAUGAGAGGUGGCAGUAAACUACUGCCAUGUUGCCGCACAUGAAACCUACCCAUGGCUCCUGACGACUAGCUGUACUUGCUUUCCCUUGUUGUUUUCUUCAUCUCCCCUUUUGACCUGUUUCUCUUUAGUCAGUCGGGAAUCAUGUGGCGGUGUCAUGUGUCGUUCAUUAUUGGAGAGGUUUCCUUUUCUUUUCCCUUUUUUCUUCAAUUGUCCCAACGCACAAGUUCGUUACCAGCAUAAUUGGGCGCGGGAGUUCCGGUGGCUUGUCGUUGAUGGGGCGUUAUUCUGUUUCUUUGUUCAUACUAACCGGUUUUUGUUUCAUUACUGAAGGAAGCUUGGCAUGAAGGCUAAGUGCUCAAGCUGUUCUACUGCUGAGGUCGGUUGGCUUUGUCGUCGUGCGUGGGGUGUUGAGGAAACGGCUAAAGUGGCAUUAUGUUAUGGUCACUUGAGGACCAAGCAAGCGAGCAUUAUGUGGAAAAACAAUCCGGUAUGCGUAUUCUCAUUAUGUCAAGGGAAUGGCAAAGGGGAUACCCGGUUAUGGUACGGAAGCCGAUGUCUGGUUGGGUCAUAGUCAUUGUUGGUGUCAUGGUUCCUGGCUAGGGCGGCGGUUUAUGGUCUGCUCAUGAAGAGGAAGAGGUGGACAGCUUGUGAUGGCAUGCAAAAUAGCAUGACCGUAGCGCCUUCGAAUAAGCUACUAUAUGUUACACUUUAUGUAUGUCUCUAAAUGUAUCAUAUGGUUAUUGGUAGUCAAGAAAUUAUCAUGUUUGAUGGUGCCUGUUUCUUUGUCAGGCCGAG